GGUCACACCAUUGUUUAUUGUUAUUUAUUCUCGUAAUAUUAAUUAUUUGUGCAAAAUGACGAUCUUUAACCUAUAUAUCUUUGACAAAAUGGGCACGCUAAUGCACUACGCUGAGUGGAAUCGAACCAAGAAGUCUGGCAUCACACGGGAGGAGGAAGCUAAACUCACAUACGGCAUGUUGUUUUCCAUCAAAUCCUUUGUCAGUAAGAUCUCACCACACGACCCGCGUGAAGGAUUCCUUUAUUAUAAAACAAAUCGCUAUGCUCUACAUUAUUUGGAAACGCCCUCCGGUCUUAAAUUUGUGCUGAACACAGAUACGGCGGCCAUUAAUGUAAAGGAGCUAUUACAACAGCUGUACGCCAAGGUGUGGGUGGAGUAUGUGGUACGUGAUCCUCUUUGGACACCCGGAACUGUUGUCACUUCAGAGCUGUUUCAAACUAAGCUCGAUGAGUUUAUCAAGCAAUCACCUAUCUUUGGCAUAAGAAAUAUUUAG